UACGUCUUAUAUCUACCUGUGAAUCAAGUUCAUGGGCACUUACAUCUUUUGUAUAUGCACUUCGAUACAAUACACUGUUGAUGCCAAUCCACUAAACUUGGAAGGACUUAUGGCGAAAAGACAUGGAAAACCUGUAGCAAUUUUUUUGCUUAUUUGCUAUGUUGUGAAUGUUCACACUUCCACCAACAUUUAUUGUCCGUGGGCGGUAAAUACUGUUAAAACUGUCGCAUCCUGUCCAAUAACAAAAGAAGAGCGAGAUAAAGCUUCAGAUUUAAAGAAUUGUAAGCAGUUCGCACAAAAACAGAACUGCUCGGAUCCAUCGAAAUUUCAAUAUCACUGUGUAAUGAAUGAGCUACAAAACAAACUAUUGGAAGUAUGUGCCCCAACACGUUAUAUUCUUGGUUAUUGUCCAGAAUUCAACGUUAAGGGUGGAAUAAUUCAGGACCACUACUCUCUAGACUGCAGUAAGUUUGAGCCUCCAUGUAAAACGCGCUACAUAUCAACUGAUGCAUAUCUGUACCAUGCCUGUUAUGAUCAAAUAAAAAUGUCUCCAGUUUCGGAUGUAAUUUCAUCAACCUAUCCUAGCGUGAUUGAAGUACCGAUUUUGUCAACAAGCAAUAAUACAACUCUUGAUGCUAGCAAAAAAGAAACCCCUUCGACUGAUGUAAUUAUUGGCGUCACAAUUUCCGCCAUUUUGAUGCUUUUCCUUGCAGCCGCCACCUUUAUUGCCUGCUAUUUUAAACGUCACUCAAAAAGGAUUCCAUGUUGGAGAAAAGAAUCAACAAGAGAAGCAGGGAAUGAUGAAAGCAAUCAAGAGAGGUUGGCAAUGCUGAAAGAGUUGGAAACUGAGAUCACAGGGGGUGAGGAGUUAAAAGGUGCAUAUAGUAUUUUUAAACUCCAACAGAGAUAA